UCCGGAGAUGGGACUGCUGGUCCGGAAGAGCAUGGCGGCGGCCGCUCUGAGGAGAUUUUGGUCCAGAGGCCACGGAGCGACGUCGGUUGAUCCCGCGGCGGCCAAGCCGCGCGUGUGGGGCCGGCUGGGCGCCUGGGCCCGCGCGCUGAUCCGGGACUACGCAGAGGCGUGUGGGGACGCGGCGGCGGCCGCUCGGGCCCGGCCGGGGUGCGCAGCGCUCUACGUGGGGCUGCUGGGCGGUGCGGCGACCUGCUGCGCGCUAGCGCCGGGCGAGGAGGACUUCGAGGAGUCGCUGCUGGACGCGUCGGGGUCGCUUCUGUUACUGGCGCCGGUCACGCGCAACCGCGACUCGGAGGCCUUCGUGCAGCGGCUGCUAUGGCUGCGGGGCCGCGGGCGCCUGCGCCACGUGAACCUGGGACUGUGCUCGCUCGUGUACGAGGCGCCCUUUGAUACCCAGGCUAGCCUCUACCAAGCCCGCUGCCGCUACCUGCAGCCCCGCUGGGUCGACUUCCCAGGCCGAAUCCUGGAUGUGGGGUUCUUGGGGCGCUGGUGGAUCUUGGGGACUCGGAUGCGCGAUUGCGACGUCAACGACGACGAGUUCCUCCACCUGCCCGUCCACCUGCGUGUGGUCGGGCCGAAUCAUCUGCGCUCCGAGGCCAACGAGCGGCUCUUCGACGAGAAAUACCGAGCCGUGGUGCUCACCGACGACCAGGUAGACCAGGCGCUAUGGGAGGAGCAGGUGCUGCAGAAGGAGAGAAAGGACAGGAUUGCCCUGAGCGAAGCCGACUCGCUGGUGCAGCCCCAGGUGGCCCAGUGAGCCCCCCGGGAAGUCCUGGCAAGCUGCUGGGCGAAGGGUGCGGCUGGGGAGACUGAGAUCAAUUCUGGGCGCACAUUCCUUGGGCCGCAUCCGUCCUUUUUUCUUUAGCUGAAGCUAGUUCAGAGCCUUAUUAGUCUUGGGCAGGGAAUGGAGGGGGUAGGAGGAUAGCUGGUAAUGAGCCUUUUACCAGAGCGAUUUUCCAGGUGGAAUGUGAUUUGGCAUACCUGAGAUCCCAGGUUCUAUUCUCAUCCUUACAAAAACAACAGGAUCCUAUUUUUUUCACUUUAUUUAUAUCCACAAGUGCUUGCAGAUGGAGGUUGCAUUCUGACAUGUCCAUUUAUGUGCCCAGUGCAUCUUGAUCAAAGU